CUCCACUCCGCCCGGCCACGGUAUUUGUUAUAAAUCCACAGCUUUCCCCUCCCCCGCAACAACAACAACAUCCAAAUCCAAAUCCAAACCCAAACCAAAACCAAGAAGACACACUGUUCUCUCCAUCAGUCUCCGCCUCAACUGAUUCGUCCAACCAAGAAGAAGAAGAGCUACAGAGAAGAUGAGCAAGCUCUGGACCAUCCUCACCCACCUCCACACCCUCGCAGGGCCUGGCGUGAUGCUCCUGUACCCGUUGUAUGCGUCGGUGCAGGCGAUGGAGAGCCCGUCGAAGCUGGACGACGAGCAGUGGCUGGCCUACUGGAUCCUCUACUCCUUCGUCACGCUCGUCGAGAUGGUCCUCGAGUCCCUCAUCUACUGGAUACCGAUCUGGUACGAGCUGAAGCUACUGUUCCUGGCGUGGCUGGCGCUGCCCAACUUCAGGGGAGCGGCCUUCAUCUACGACAGGUUCGUCAGGGAGCAGCUCAGGAAGCACGGCCUCACCAACCACCCCGGCAGCGGCAUCAGCAGCGGCAGCAAGAAGGUGAACGGCGGCAAGGUCGACAAGUCGUCCUCGCCGUCGACGUCUCCCAAGGAGAAGGAGAACGCCAAGAGCAGGUUCCUCUCCUUCGUCGCUCCCAAGAAAGACCACUGAAGGAGAUUGGAGCAGCAACCAGAGAUCCCAGCAGCUAGCUUCUUGGCUUGUGGUGUUUUCUUGGUUUGUUUGAGAUUUUAGAUUGAGGUGUUGAGAGUAUUUACAUAUCUUGUCAGAAAAAAAUUGUACUACGACUCCAUAUAUGAGGCCCUCGGUUGCAGGCUAGCUAGAUGGUGGGUGGCUUGUGGUGUUGUAGUAUUACAUAUCUGUCCAAAAAAAUGUAGUACUGAGAUUGGAGCAGUAACCAGAGAUUUCAUCUCAUUUCGUCC